AAGUCGUAUCUACGGAAUGUUUGGCUGACGGACUGGUCCUUGUGUAUUAACGUGUCCCCCUGUGCUACUUCAUGGAUUCCUGCAGAAAUGGACGAUGACACACCAGAGGAGGUCUUUGCGGAUCUAAAGACGAGGAGCUUGGGAGCAUGGGGUGUAGCUCAGAUAGCUGCUGGCACUGGGCUCGCUGUCUACACUGUGUGGGUGGGGAUCCUCCAACCAGGCUUCCGAAAAGUCCCCUUGAGGUUACAGGUCCCAUACAUCCCUGCCAGUAAAGCUCAAGUACAAAAUGUGAUGACACUGCUGAAAGGUCGAAAGGGACAACUUGCAGAUUUGGGCUCUGGCGAUGGCCGCAUUGUCUUGAAGGCCUGUGAGCAGGGUUUCACACCAGCUGUUGGUUAUGAGCUUAACCCUUGGCUUGUUCGCCUCGCUCGCUUUCAUGCGUGGAGAGCUGGCCACCAUGAAAAAGUUUCUUACUGACGGGAAGAUCUUUGGAAGGUUGACUUGUCACAGUGCAGGAAUGUCACAGUGUUCUUGGCCCCAAGUGUUCUUUCAUUGCUGCAGGAUAAGUUGCUGGCUGAGCUUCCAGAUGAUGCCUUAGUCGUUGCUGGUCGUUUCCCCUUCCCUGAUUGGACACCAAACAGGAUAGAGGGACAUGGCGUGGACAGAGCCUGGGCGUACAGCAUGCAGACACUCAGAGGAGGCUCACAGAACAAUGAGAAGCUCACAGUCACGGAUAGAGACAAUGGAUUAACCAAGGAGGAAGGAUCUACUUAAAGCUGCUUGAAUGAUAACCCAGUUUUUAUUACUGUAUCUUAUUUAUUUCACUAUUUUAUAUAAAGAAAACUCAUAAGAAGCUCUCAUCAUUGGAGCAUUUACCUCAUAAUGUCUAUCUAAACAGUUUUAUUUAUCUACAGCUGGAUGUUUGCCAAAUACUUUCACUGUUACAGUAGUCAAAAAAUCGUCAAUUUUAAAAGUCUGGCUUCUUCAUGGACAAAUUUUUAGAUGUAUAGGCAAAACAAGCUUUGCACCAUUGCUGAACCAGAAUCUCCCAUGUGAAGGUUUCCAUUUACAUUGAAGCAAUGCUGCACCUUUAUCACUAGAAUGGUGAAGUUUUUAGGGGAUCGUCAGAAUUGUUGCGAGUAUUAAAAGUUUUACCAUCAGCAGUGUUUUUACGUUUUCCCAGUGUGACCUCGCUUUAUGUACUAAUUAUUAUUCUUAUCAUUGCUUUGUCUUCCCUAAACAUGCCAACAUACUGUAUGGUUAGAUUGCUUUAGAGCAAAUUUAAGAAGAAACCUACAUUUUAAAAGCUUAUGGAUCAUUGCCAAAGGUUUUUAAAUGUAUUUGUUUUCAGUAAGCAAAUGUUUUCUUCCAAAUGUAACAAACAGAUUGUAACACGUUUAAACUUCGCAUAGUCCAUAUUGUAUAAAGAAUAAUACAAUGACAACCUAAUCUCUGUGUGUUGUGGUGUUUUUGGUAGUACAUUUGUUUUGUUGUUGUGUUGACUAUUAAAGUAAGGUCUUUAAUCUAUG